AUGGCUGAGGAAGGGAAGCCGCAGACACUGGCCCCGCCAGCUGUGACGGCAUUGAGGGAAGAGGCGGCGGGGACAGCACCGCACCGUGUUCAGAUGGAGCGCACAGCCAGCCAGGAUAUUCGCGAAGAGCGCGAGGACCUCAAAGAGGCUGCUGAGCACAGCUUAAACGUCAUCAUGGACCUCGAUCUAGACGGCAAGAUCCGAUACGUGAGCGACUCGUGGAAGGACGUUAUCGGCACGACUCCCGAGGAAGUCGUUGGCAUCCCCGUUGCCGACCUUCUUCUCGACAACAGCUCCCAGUUCGCCGAGACGGUUGAGUCAAUAAAGGAAGAUGAUUCCAGGAGCCAAAUCACCCGUUUCUCUGUGCGUAUGGGCCCGCUGUCUGUCCUCCGACGGAAGCGCUCAAGACGUUCAGAAUCAGAAGAGUCGGAACUGUCGCCCGAGUCACCCCAAGACGAGCAAGAGCAGAUCCUCAACCUCGAAGCCCAGGGCAUUAUGGUGUACGACCGAACCACUGGCGGGGAGAGUCACACUAUGUGGAUGAUUCGACCUUCAGUGAUCCGUGAAGUCACCAUUGAUCUCCCAGAAGUCCUCGUGGAGUCUCUUGGAGUUGGUGCAGAAAUGUUAGCCCAUUAUUUGACUGGCCUCGCCGAGCAAGGUGCUAAAGAUCCUGGAAAUCAUCCGCCCCCGCUCCCCGUCUUGUGUCGGAUUUGUGAGCGGCAGAUCACCCCAUGGUGGUUUGAGAAGCACACCGAACUCUGUCUGCAGGAACAUCGUGCGGAGAUGGACGUCCAAUUAGCACAAGAGAGUCUUGGUGAACACCGCAACGCUAUUGUUAAGGUUCUAGAUGCUCUGGAGGCACAGUCUCGACAGCCGAUGGCCACUUCCGGGGAUAUCGCUCCCCCGGUACUGCCUCCUCCAGAAUACAAGGGAAUCCUGAUUCAGCCAACCUCAACACCCUCGUCUGGAACACCAUCAGGUCGAAAUUCUCCUGCCUCCCCUCCUUCGAGGUCUCGCGAAAGGUCCACAGGCUUUGGGCAUCACCGUGCACGGUCGUUUGCUGUGAGGAGACCGUUGGCUCGCAUCGUUGAGCUUGUGCUUGAUCUGUGUGACACUGCGCUGGAGAUCAACACACCUGCCAUUAAAGACAAUACGAGGACCCAGUCAGCAUCUGAAAUUCGGACUCAGUCGCCGCAAUCCGAGAACCGCAUAUCCCAGGUCUUGCAGUGGCAGUCUCCAAGCUCUGGCUCUGUUGAUCAUGGAGAGGGGUUCAAACUGCUUUGUGACGACACAAACAAACUUGCACGCGCUAAAGUCGAUGCCGUCUUUCGUCAUAGACGAAUUCUUGAAUAUUCCGAGCGAAUCCGUGUUGAAUUCGACGUUCUGGUGCAAGAAUGCAUAGAAGCUGCCAUGGUCAAGGCCGCUAGAAUCGCCGCAGGAGAGGACAGCUCAUCUGAUGACGACGACCAGCAAGAAGAGGAAGACCGUCAGUCCGAAGCCGACGAGACACCUCCUGUAGAAGAGGGUAUAUUCCCUGGGUCUUUUGACCCCCCAUCGGCCAUGGCACAGGCUCUUCGCAAUGCUUCCGAUACCUCCCUUCCGGCGCGUGUCAGCCGGAGGGAGUCUUCUGUAGCAGGAUCAACAAGAUCAAGCAGCCCUCGAGGUGGGUGUCAGACGCCACGCUCGCACGCUGGAGCUAUUAGUAUCGCCACGCAAAACAAGCGCCAUUCGAUGCAUUUCGAGAGCGAUGCUGGAGCAGACAGCGACACCAGCGUACGGUCGUCUGUCAUGUCCGGGCCGAGGCGGGCAGACUCACCUUCAUCAGAGCUCAGCUUGAGCCGAGUAGCCAGUUCUCGUGAGCGUAAGCGAAAAAGUCUCAUCCUCCCAAGCGUCAUGUCGAGCCGGCAGCAUUCGCCGGCACGGUCGAUGGUCCCUCCUUCUUCGCCUCUGAGGACGAACAAGCCACGCAUCCCCAGUGGGGUCGAAGGCCUACAGUCUCCAAUCACGUCGCCUGUUCUAGCCACGAGCGAGUUCUCCUCCCCAGCUCUGGCUCAGAUUCAUCACCAUCGUAGACAGUCGUCCACGGCCGGUUCUGACGGCCCCAAGCCAAUCUCUCCAAGGCUGAUGCCUGUCAGUGCACCCCAGCCUCGUGCAGUCCCCCCAUCCAUCAAAGAUUUCGAGAUCAUCAAGCCCAUUAGCAAAGGAGCCUUUGGUAGCGUGUAUUUGGCAAAAAAGAAAUCGACAGGGGAGUAUUUCGCAAUCAAAGUCUUGAAGAAAGCAGACAUGGUUGCGAAGAAUCAAGUCACCAACGUCAAAGCUGAGCGAGCAAUCAUGAUGUGGCAGGGCGAGAGCGACUUUGUUGCCAAACUGUAUUGGACAUUCUCAAGCAAAGACUUCCUGUAUCUGGUGAUGGAGUAUCUCAAUGGUGGCGAUUGUGCCUCACUGAUUAAGGUUCUUGGUGCUUUGCCCGAGGACUGGGCGAAGAAAUACUUAGCUGAAGUUGUUCUUGGCGUAGAACACCUUCACAGUCGAGGAAUUGUCCAUCGAGACCUGAAGCCAGAUAAUCUUCUCAUAGAUCAGAAAGGUCAUUUGAAGCUGACCGACUUCGGUCUAUCCCGUAUGGGUUUGAUCGGACGCCAAAAGCGGGCCCUGAACAGCAAAUCGGAUGAGCAAGCCCCUGAUCUCUUGAAGACAGGACCCUUCCAUCGCGCCACCUCAGUUGGGUCAUCUCGCUCUGCAUCAUUUGAUUUGAACCCAUCUCCUUCGCAGACACCGAGCAUGACACCAGCUCUCACUGGAGACCUCGGCCAACCGUCGUAUUUCAGUCUGAACCGAGAGACCAGUCACGCCCGCGAGCCGUCAAGGAGGACAUCUGGGAACCGUAGCGACAGCGGCGAUAGCGAGGCAUUGCAGGCAAUGUUCCGCCGCUUCUCCAUCGUCGAUGACCAGCUCCUUCAACCCCGAAAGGGCUCACCAAUAGAGGAGGAAGCGUACAGCGAUGAAGGGUCACCCGACCUCUUCCCUGUUGCACCCACAAUUAGUCAGUCUAGUGCUGCACAGAACAAUACCCCACCCCCAACCUCGACUAUGCCCCCGCCACCUAUGGCGUUGUUUGACCCUCAAGACAGCAAUCGUAGGUUUGUCGGAACACCUGAUUACUUGGCCCCGGAAACCAUCGCAGGUAGCGGUCAGGACGAAGUUAGUGAUUGGUGGUCGCUAGGAUGUAUCCUCUUCGAGUGCUUGUAUGGCUACCCACCUUUCCAUGCGGAGACACCCGAUCAAGUCUUCCAAAACAUCCUCUCCCGGAAGAUCGACUGGCCCGAUGAUGACUCCGAUGAGAUCUCAGGGGAAGCGAAGGAUCUGAUGAAUCGUCUCAUGUCGAUUGACCCUACGAAGCGGCUAGGUGCGAACAUGGACGAUAAAUACGCUAGUGGUGGAGAGGAGAUCCGAAGCCAUCCAUGGUUUUCUGACUUGAACUGGGAGACCCUUCGCGAUGAUGAAGCGUCUUUUGUUCCCGCACCGGAAAAUCCAGAAGACACCGAGUACUUCGAUUCGAGGGGAGCUGCCAUGCAAAGCUUCGCACCUGAAUUCGAAGAUCAAGGGACUUCUUCCGCUGGUACUCCUAGUGCCGAUUACCCUGACCGUCCUCACGACGCGCUGUCUCGUGUUCGCUCCCAGAUUAGUGUCACAAGCAUGAAACGAGGCCUCAUCCCACUGCAUAUCCCUGCCCAUGUUCGAGAAGGGCGGUCGAGACGGCUGAGUGAGCCCGUAGCUACAGACGACUUUGGUAAUUUCAGCUACAAGAACCUUCCAGUACUUGAGAAAGCCAACAAGGAUGUCAUCCAGAAGCUUCGGGCAGAGGCUAUGCAAGCACAGAACAAGCCAUCAUCAGCGCUUCAAUCACCAAGUGUCACUUCGCCAUCUCCGUCCCUUGAAUCAAGUCCCAUGCUCCCCGCACCUUUGAAGAGGACACUUUCGACAAAGGGCACUGGUAGGCCUACUUCCCCAUCAAUUAGUGGACUAAACUCUUCCCCAAGUCGGGGAUCUCAGCCAUCUUCUCCACUACUUGUUCAGUUUAGCACAGGGCAGCAUCACGAAAGGAGAAAAACGUCGAGCAGCUCCUCGACUUUAUCACACGCGACCAGCAAUCCGGCCUCUCUUCAACUGCCUGGCAACCUUUUCGAUGCGCCGCGUCUUACAACUGGCUUCAACCCCACGCCUGACUCUGUAUCGCCGAUAAAACUCGUCAAAACACCAUCUGCGAUGUCCGGUUCGUUUACAGAGAAAGGAGUUCCCACUCAACGCCAGACAUCAAUCGGUCAAACAAGCGCCCCCUCUCCCCGGGCACGAUCCCAAACUAUGGGCUCACAAGACGGUGAUGUUGUGCGCGACCUGAUGCCAAGCCAUCACAAGCGGAGGAGCCAAGUCUUUGAUGUGUCGCCAUCCUCGUCAGACACAGAGGACUCCCGAGCCAAGGCACUCUUGCGUGUGCAACGAAGAAGGCAGAGUUCUCGUCGCCUUUCUCAGAUCAGUCUUGCUGAUGGUCCCAUAUUCAGACCUCUGGAUGUUCUCGUGUGCGAAGAUCACCCCGUUUCAAGACUGGUUAUGGAAAAGCUCCUAGAGAAACUUCGCUGUCGCACAUUGACUGUCACAAACGGCUCAGAGGCUAUCCGAUAUGCCAUGGGCGAAGUCAAGUUUGAUAUCAUUAUGAUGGAGUUCAAGCUUCCUCAGGUCAAUGGAGCCGAUGUUGCACGAAUGAUUAGGGACACCAAAAACGCGAAUUCCAACACUCCAAUUGUUGCCGUGACUGGCUACCUCAAAGAAUUGCAAGCCCCUCAUCACUUUGAUGCACUCAUCGAAAAGCCUCCAACAGUCGGGAAGCUCACGGACACCAUGGGGAAGUUGUGUCAAUGGAAGGCUCCUCCGCCAGGCUGGACUCCGGGUCACAGUCAAUAUCCGUCCAUGAUGCCAUCCACUCUUCGUCAAGAAUCGACUCGACAGGGAGACAGCCCGACCUCGAAUUCUUCAGGCUUCCCUGCGAUGCCCUCUGGUAGUUACCGUGGCUCCAGCCGCGAAGACUCGAUUAGUUCGAGUUUCUUUGGCGACAACGAAAGUCGCACAGACGACGUGCCUGUCAUUAUCUCUCGUCCUAACAUCGACGAUUGGCGCGACCGGGAUAUAGCUCGCGUUAUGAGUGGAUUGGGUAUUUCAGAAGAACCAAUGGGCAAUGUCGAUCCCAAAAACGUUGGGCAGAAUCUUCCCGUUCCGCAUGACCUUACAUCCCAUGGGGCUUCUGCGCCUGCCGUGCUGGAGCAUGCAACGAUCCGAAAGCAACGAUCGGCCGAGAUGGUUGGUGUCAAACGGCGUAUACUUGAAACGCGUAAACAUGAAUCUGCAGAAUCAGGUGACGAUGAAGACGACGAGCUCGGGAAUGUCAAUGUCCGUGCCAGGAGUCCCAAGACACGGCCCAAGUCAUCGUCAAAGCUUGGCAUCGAGAUGAUGCGAACCAACAGCAGAGGAAGUGUGAUUUCAAUAGACGAUGUCGCGCCGCCAGACUCUACUUUAACUACAUCGCCGCCGCCAGCCAUAACCGAAGAGCGGAGUGCCGAGGAACACGAGGUGAACCUUCCCAUGUCAGACGUUCCACCUGUGUCACUCACCCCACCUGAGAUCUUCCCGCGUGUUCCUGGAGAGGAAGUCCAAGACAUCGAGAUGGAGACACCAAAGGCUUCCGUCCAGUUAGCUAUGGAGCAGGACCUUGAUCCUACUCCCAGGGCCAUCGCGUCGCCUGAGGCAUAG